AUGGAGAUUCACUUGGGAAACCCAAUCACAAUCACCAAAUCUAAAGCUUUUCUCUUCAAUUCACAAACAAAAUCUUCAAUUCACAACCUUCAAGUCCAAUUAAACCUCUCAAGAUCCCACCUUUUAGUUACCUUUGCCGAGAAUGAAGAAACCAAUGGGGUUUCAAUUAGGGUUCCAAUUCCUAGGGUUUUAAUUGACCCUGAAUCUCCAGUAAAUUUUAAAGCUUUUGAUGAUCAUGUCGAAGUUAAGCUUGUUUUGCUUCUUCCUGUUGAUCACCCUUUAGUUUCCAACUUUGAUUUGUUGAAUUUGAGUGAUGAAAGAGAGAGUAAUGAGGAUUUGGAUUUGUUAAAGCCACUUAUUAUGGAUUCAGGUUUACCAAAUGAAAAUUGGGACAUGCAAUUUGUGGAAAUGCCAUCGGUUAACUGGCCAGAGAUGGCUGACAACUGGUUUGGAGGUUGUUGUUGUUCAUUUGGAGGUGCAAGUGAGAAGCUGGUGAAUAGCGAUGAUCUUGCUGGAUUUAAUUUUUCUGACAAAUAUAGAAUCCAAAAGUAUGAGCCUGAACAGGAGUUUGGUGGUGAAGGUUUAAGUGAAGAAGCUAUGCUGGAUUUUGGAACAAAAUCUGGAAGAAUCAAUGGUGUUAAUGGGAAAUCAGGGUCUUCAUGUCCCAAUUUAGAAAACCUUAGUGAAAAUGUCAAAUGUAAAGUUGCAGAGGAAAAAACUAACAGUAGUAGAUUAUUGUCUGCACUACCAGCCUCAGUUUGUUGUGAUUCAAGACAUCAUACUCAAGAUUAUAUUGAUGAAGUUGGUAUCCAUGAUGUUUCUGGACCUUCUUUGGAAGACCAGAAAGCCACAAAAGCUAUGGAACUCGGGGCAAAUCAGAGAUCUUUGCUCAAUGGCUUUCUGGGAGAUGCUUUCAUUGCAAGAUCCUGUAAUCUCUCUACCGAUAUUGAGUGGAAGCAAUUUGUUUGCCCACAGUGCUUAUCUUUUAUUGGAGCUUAUCCAUGUGCAAAUGGGGACAUGCCUGUUGAUGAUGGAGUUAGACUUUUUAAAUGCUACAUUUCCACUUCUCUUCCAGUUGGUGGAUCAGGUGACCUUUUCAGGAAAUAUACUUUGGAGAGAAUGUUCACAAGUCAGCUAAUGGAAAGUGCAAAAGAUGAACUAUCAUUCAGGACUGUGGUCAGGGAUUUGAGAACAAAAUCUCCCAUGCUUCAAAUUGUGCUUGUAAAUCCGAACUCUUGGUUCUGUAGCGGUGAUUGUUUGGACACAGAGAGCAAUAUGGAUUCAACUUCAAAGUUAGAUCUACAUCCUAUAAUCAAGGUUCUGUUUUCAGAUUGUAGCAGCAAUACAGAAUCUCAACAAAGGGUGUUGGAAGAUUGGGUGGCGAAAAAUCUACCAGACGAAGUUUUCAUGUUGAGGCAUCUAAUAGAAGAGUUGAUUGAAACCAUGACAUCUGCCAAAGUCGAAUUUCCGCCAUCAUGUACUUUCCUUCAGGGUUUACUGUUGUUGUCUAUGCCAAGGUAA